CGCCAGUGCCGCCGUCUUCCUGUGUCAAACGAAGAACGAGCAGCCCAUGUCGGACGAGAGCCACCCGCCGCUGUCGGGCACUGCCACAGACGCCAGCAGCACGUCGAGCAAGCCCGAGUCCGAGCAGGAGUAUAUUCUUAAGGUCGUCCUCAUCGGAGAUUCUGGCGUUGGCAAGUCCAACUUGGUCCAGCGCUUCACGAAGAACAAGUACAACGAAGCAAGCACACAAACGAUCGGGUUUGAGUUCACCGCCAAGACAAUUCGAGUGGGGGACCGUCGUAUCAAGGCCCAAAUAUGGGAUACCGCGGGACAAGAACGUUUCCAGUCCCUUACGGCUGCGUACUAUCGAAAUGCCGUUGGGGCGUUGGUGGUGUAUGACAUCACGGAUCGCCAUUCGUUCGAGCACGUGACCCACUGGCUGGCGCAGAUCCGAGAACAUGCGCAUGAGAACGUUGUGCUCAUCCUCGUAGGCAACAAAUGCGACCUCGCCCAUGUCCCCAACACCCGUCAAGUGUCAACUCUCGAAGCCGCGCGUUUUGCCGAGACGCACCACAUGGAGUUUGUAGAAGCGUCUGCGCUGGACUCGACAAAUGUCGUGGAAGCAUUCAAACGCAUCAUCGUGCCGGUGGGUCGACUUUUGACGCCUCCGUCCUCGUCGUCCACGGGCCAGACGCCGCGAUUGCCGCCUGGGUGGCGCCGCGUACUGUCCCGCACUCGACCAGGAGAGUACUCGUACGAGAACCAGUACACAAAGGAGCGACUGGCGUUCGCGCCCCAAGACCCAGCAAAGCCGUCGCAGUAUAGUUUCCAAGCUGGCCAUGGUAUCUACGGGAGUGUCGGCGCGACGGUGACCAAGGAAACUCUCGAGCGGCAGCAUCAAAAAGCGUUCCAGGCGCAAAACCCGGCGUCGGCCAACUGUUGUGGGCUCUGCACGAUCCUCUAACUUAUAAAGGCACCUUUUGCAAUCGCGAAACGGACCCCGUCGUAUAAAGUUGUUAAAUACGCCGACGGUGCAGCGAUGCUGCGGUCUUCUACA